UAAAUUCUAGAACCUGAUUGGAUGCCCGGCGGGAUGAUUGACAGGAGUAUGGAGUACCUGGAAAUCAGUCGUUUACGGAGCCUAUCAGCCAGAGCGAUGUGGACUCUGAAGCGGGGUCGAAAACAGUGAAACAACCCCCGGGAAUAUCGUUGAAUUUGUCGCUCCGAUAGACUGAAACAUACCUAUACGGCCGCCAGCUCUACUGUACGUAUGAAGAGAAGAUCCAGAGAGGAAUAAAUAAUACAUUUACAUUAUUUUUUUCGCCGGAACGCUAUCCGAAACAUCGGCCUUUUGCAAUCCCAAUGCUGUGGUUGUGUGAAAGAAAAGGAUGACUGUUUGAUUUUGUUUAAUUCCUCACCACAACACCUUCCUCUCUUUUUCCCGGCCCGUCUGUUUUGGACCUGCUAUGGUGGACUCGAAUGCAAUGAGGAAGACUUUUGUGGUCCCGGAUAUAAAGCCAUUGGAUCAGUAUGACUUGACCAGAGCCAGAAUCUGCGCCAGUGUCGGGUGGCUCCUGGGGAAAUCGUACGGCAAUGCAGAGAAUGUUCCGGUGGAGCUGCGAGACCCGUUCUACUGUGAUCAGUAUGAGCAAGAGCACCUGAAGCCUCCCGUCACGCGCCUCCUGCUGUCCCCUGAGCUCUACUGUCGCACCUACGGCCUUCUGCUGGGUGGAAGCCCGGGAGCCGAGGGGCCCCCCAAAGACAUCCCAGCACUCUUACAGGUCCUGGGCAGGAAGGGCUUGGCACCCAAAGACCAGAAUGCCCCUGUGACAGAGGCUGAGCUCCGACAGAAGCCUAUCAAAAUGAGUGUCCACUUGGAGUUGAUAGAUGCCUUAAUGGCAGUGGGUGCCAUGGAGAUGGUAAGCAGAGUCUUGGCGAGUGGCGGAUCAGAGCUGCUUGGUACAGAUGCAUCCUGGGACAGAGCCCUGCUCUAUUGGGUGAACACGUUAAACCAAAAACUGAAGGAACAAACAGAAGGUACACUAAACGAUGCAUCUCAGCCUAGUACUGAACCACAGCCUGUUCAACCUUCGUGUCCCACCCGCUGGUACUGGAAACUUGUUCCUAUCCGGUACAGGAAGGACAGGAUGCAGUCUAAACUCAAACCCUAUUUUCCUGUGGUGAAUGAAGUGAAGGAUCUCUCGAACGGAUGUGCUAUUGCUGCUGUUAUUCACUAUUACUGUCCCGGGCUUCUGAGAUUAGAGGAUGUAUGUAUGAAGGACUCGAUGUCUGUGGCUGACAGCCUGUACAACCUACAGCUGAUUCGAGAGUUCUGUGACAGCUGUUUAAAGAGCUGCUGCCCUCUAGCGUUGGAGGAUUUGCUCUACAGUCCAGCACAAUUAAAGACAAACAUACUGAUCUUUCUGGCAGAGCUCUUGUAUUGGUUCGAGGUCUCAAAGCCAGAGUUUGUUCAGCCUCUCCAGGACUCCGAGCUCACUGAAACAUCUGAAAGGACCAGCAAUGGCAACAGUGGGUCCAGCAAUAGUGGUUCUCCAUCUAUCUUCAAGAGGCCUUUCCUGCCCAUCUCUUGCCCUGUGACUGCAGCAACAGGAUCUCUGACUCAGUCUACCUCAAUGUCUCAUGUAGAGACAGCAGGACGAACGUGGACUAAGAAACCACUAAGCCGUCCCUUGUCUGCUGUGUCCUUUAGUAUUCCUUUUGGACUGGAUAGUGAUGUGGACAUUGUGAUGGGGAACCCGGUUAUAACUCGGUCUGUCAGUUCGGACAAUCUUAAUCCUGCUGGUCAAUCCAUGACACGUGACCCCUACACGCCUCCAGAGGACCUCAGCCACUUGCUGAGUAAGGCUCCUGGGCCUAAUGGCCCUCAAAGAGCUUCCUGGGCCACUCAAACUCGUCCAUUGCUGGCUGAAGAGAACGGCAUUGAUGAUAGUGAAACAGGAGAGCUACCAACAAUUGAAGAGGCACUGCAGAUCAUCCACAACGAGGAGAAGAUGGAGCCUCGCCUUCACCCGGACGGGGCUCCCGAUGUUUUCUACCUGCAUUCACUGGAUGAUCCAGCAAAUGCUAGACUCAAUGGGAGCCCAAUGACACUCAGCUCUUCAGCACCAUCCCGUUCAGGAAUGCUCUACAACCGAUCCUCAGGAGUCCCACCAGAGCCCAGCCGCACCAGACACCCCUCAGAGGGAUCCAGAGAUGACGACUCCGUGUUAAGAGAUGGAAGCAUGGAUUCAGAUGCCUCAGAAGAUCUUCCAAAAAUUCAUUCUACUCCUGCCACACCCGCUUCGGGUCCUCUCAUAACAGAACCACGUUGUGAAAAGACACCGGAUAGCGGUGUUAGGAUGACCAAUUUUGCCGAACGGAAGAAGAAACUUGUUCCAGAGCAGGUACAACCCAGUGAACCACAGGCACCACAAAUGACUACAUGGGCCAAGAAAUUAGAAGAGAGUCCCAGUAAGAGUCCUGCUGUCAGCACUGAAAUGUCAGAGCUGGGGGCGAGGCUGGAGGAGAAGCGGAAGGCCAUUGAGGCACAGAAGAAACGUAUAGAAGCCAUCUUUGCCAAACACAGGCAGCGGCUGGGCAAAAGUGCCUUCCUAAAGUUAAAGAAGGAGCAGGAGGAUGGGGAUGGUGAGGAAGGACGUCAAGGGGAGGUUGGCACCUCCUCCAUAGAAAAUGACCUCAGCCGUUUGGCACUGGAGGAGAAACUGGCACGUUUAGAGAGCGAGGAGGAGCAGGAUGAGCAACAGCAGGAACAGUUGAAAAAGGGCCCCUCAGUAGAAGAAGAGGGGAAUAUCAAGUCCCAUGUCCAACAGGACAAUCCAGUAGAGAAAGAAAAAGCUGGAGUAGGAAUUCCUGGUGGAAAAGACACGGCCCCACUGGGAAAUUACAACAACGCUGUGUCUAAACUAAGUGCUGCUCUCAAUUCUCUCCAAAACGAUAUGCAGCGUCUCUCGGAGCAGCAGAACCAGCUGAUGAAGAAGAAGGUAGCUCCUAACAACCAGGCCAGUGGCGUCCCACCCAGCUCCAAACCCUCAACAGCUGCAUCUUCUCGUUUGUCAAGAGAGUCCAAUCGCAACCUCUCCUCUGCCUCCUCCUCUCCUUCCCCAUCUCGCAAGAUUGCAAAUCACACCGCUCCCCCCAAAUCACCAUCAUCCCACCGUAGGGCACAGUCUGCACCUCCAAAGAGCCCCAAACUGCAUCACCACCCUCGGCCUGCAGAGCUCAAGACUCCUGCUUCAACAAGAGUUAUAACUCUCCCUCAAAAUGUGGACAACAUCCCUCAUUUGCGAAGAGUGUCCCCGUGGCAAUGCAGGGAUCAGAACUCAUCCUCUUUCAGCAUAGGUACCUCCAGUCAGAGUGAGUCCCGCUCAGCUUCGUCCCUGGCUAGAACAGACGACAACAUUUCAGACACAGGCUCCAGUGAGGACCAUACAAUCUUCAGUAUGGAACUGGAUAGCGGAUCUUCACAGGUUCUGGCCCGAAAGGAUCGCCAGGGUGGCGGCAGCAGCUCAGGAGCUCCUUCUGAGUGCUCCUUUGAGAGUGACCCUUCUGCAGCAGGUUUCAAUGGCAAGCACAAAAGCCUUAUCGAGAUCUCACUGUCCUCUCUCAAAGCAUUGGAGGGUGAAGGAGCCGAUCAGAGCCAGGAUAACUUCUCAGAUUCAAUGAGUGACCAAACAGAGCCAGAAAUUAGUGGUGGAGUUGGAUUCUUCUUCAAGCAGGAUGAAGCUCGACCGGAGGAUGAGAUGGAGAGGAGAAGAGCAGCAUUACUUGAGAAACAACAAAAGAGAGCAGAGGAGAUCAAGAGACGAAGACAGGAGCAAGAAAGAGAGAGGGAGCCAAGUAGGUCAUCUUCAAUGGAUGAGUCUCGCAGAGGAGAGGAGAGACCCCAAACUCCUUCUACCCCUCCGCCUCCACGCACCCCUCCACCAGAGGGCACUCCUCAGCGGCGUGGAGACUUCACCCGCCAGGAGUAUGAACGGCGACAUCAGCUAAAAAUAAUGGAGGAUUUAGAUAAAGUACUCCGCCAGAAACCCACUACAGUAAGAGGCGUCAAGAAGCAGAGGCCCAAAACAGUGUUCAGAGAUGACUCUGACCUCUCCCGCAGCCCAGCCAAAGGGUUUAUGGGUUCUAGACUAAAUAAAGUUUACUCCCAUUCAACAACGAAUCUGUCCUCCAUGGCCAAUGACAAUGGGACGCUAACUGUCAGAAAAUCUCCAAGUCGUUCUCAUUCACCAUCCAGACUGCUGUCUCCAGGCCGUCUUGCUGCACAGAAUGGGGACUGGGAAAAUGAAUCUACUAUUUCAUCCGCAGCCUCCAUCCCAGAAUAUACUGGACCGAAACUCUACAAGGAGCCAAGCUUCAAGUCCAAUAAGUUCAUUAUCCAUAAUGCCAUCUCUCGCUGUUGUUUGGCAGGCAAGGUCAACGAACCACAGAAAAACAAGAUUGUAGAGGAAAUGGAGAAAAGCCCUGCAAACCAUUUCCUCAUUCUGUUUCGGGACGCCAGCUGUCAAUUCCGGGCAGUUUACACCAUGAACCCUGAGACAGAGGAGAUGGUUCGACUCGUAGGUGUCGGGCCACGUGUUAUCAAUCUCACUAUGGUGGAAUCGAUUUACAAGUACAGCUCUGACCGCAAGCAGUUUACAACUAUCCCGUCCAAGACCAUGUCCAUGAGAGUGGAUGCCUUUACCAUUCCCGGCCACCUAUGGGAGCGUAAGCGCCCGGGAACCCCAAAGAAGCUCGGGACCCCAAAAUAAAUCCUGCUGGAAAUGCCAACUGCCUGAGCUCGCCACAUCACCUUUGGUUUCUGUCCUCACUCCGGCAGAAUAGCGGGACUCCAGUGGAGUGCAUGACAGGAGAAAGAGUGGGAUAACAAAAAAGAAUCCUUAAAAAUAAAAGUAAAGUCAUCAGAAGUUCAUGGGUUGGUGACUGUGCAAAACUCCUUUGUGUAACUACUGGUCAAGUUACAAAGAUCUAUUCAGAAAUCUCCAUUGCCAUCUUCUUAAAGGAAACUGAAGUGAAAAGGGCCUGAUUGGUUUUCUAAGAUUGUACAAAAUGUGUCCUUUAAUGUUAAAACUUUAAAUGCAACUUUCCAGUCUCAUCUUUAAAGUAAAAUGAAUGUCCUCCAGAAAAAGAUCCUCAGAAAUGUUUCAGCUCCUUCCCUCCUUUACUCACUGAACUGGAUCUGUUGGCAUGUAAAGGAUGCUCCAGAUGAAAUCGGAUCUUUGGUCUUUGAUGAAUGUACCAGCACAGGCCUUCUUAUCAUCUGUUUAUCGUCAUCAGCUUCUCAGUCUUAAGGGACUGAAUGU